ACAAGUUUUAUUAUUAGUAUUAUUAUUCAGUCGUGUGCACGUACAUUUGAAGUGCGCAAAUGUUUUGAGUCUGAAUCACCGCAAAUGAUUUUUGCAAUUCACCUCAAUAAUUACUAAGCAUUGAUUAAAAAUUUACUGAUAGUGUUCAAUUCAAAUCAUCAUGUUGUGGGUUUUGGCACUGGGCGCAUUCGCGCUUUUCUUUUAUUAUUACCUCUACAAACCUCAGCUGCAUUGGACAGAAAGACAUGUGAAGCAAGGACCACCCGUACCCAUUCUGGGUGAGAACUGGAGGAAUCUUCUUGGUAAGGAGUCAAUGAUGGAGAUGUUUCAUCGGAUGUACAACCGAUUUAAAGAUGAACGAUAUGUUGGUGUGUACCAAAUGACGAUGCCAUCUUUAAUGUUGCGUGACCCGGACCUCAUCAAACAAAUAACCAUCAAGGAUUUUGAUCAUUUCGUAGAUCACAGACAAUUUGCGCAAGAAAACGUUGAACCCAUUUGGACUAAGAACUUGUUUGCGUUGAAAGGCGACACCUGGAGGGAUAUGCGUGCAACUUUAAGUCCCACCUUCACUUCAAGCAAAAUGCGCGCCAUGUUUGUUUUGAUGGAGAAAUCUGCUCAGCAAUACGUCGAUUUUUAUUUAAAAAAGAACCAAAAAGUUGUUGAUUUGGAACUGAAGGACUCUUUUACACGUUUUGCUAAUGAUGUGAUUGCAAACUGUGCGUUUGGAGUUAAAGUUGAUUCUUUAAAAGAUCCAGAAAAUGAUUUCUACGUCAAUGGAAGAACUGUGACCAAUUUUAGUGGAGUUUUUCAAAAUAUAAAGUUAUUGUUGAAUGUGUUAGCACCAAAACUGUGUAGUUUGUUGGGAUUAAGCCUCUUUCCAGAUUCUGUGACCAGGUUCUUCCAGGAAAUGGUACAUGACACAGUCAAAACUCGCGAAGAACAAAACAUCAUCAGACCUGACAUGAUCAAUUUAUUAAUGGAGGCCCGCAAAGGCCGUCUUCAAUAUGACGAAGCCCCCGAACACAAAGACGCUGGUUUUGCAUCAGUUGAAGAAUCUGAUAUUGGAAAAACCGGCCCGAACCAAAAACUAGCAUUGACCGAAGAUGAAAUGGCCGCACAAGUCCUCAUCUUCUUCUUUGCUGGUUUUGAAACAAUUUCCACCAUGAUGUCCUUCAUGUGUUACGAAUUAGCUAUCAAUCCCGAUGUUCAAGAAAAACUGCGUCAAGAAAUAGAUGAUACCUUCGAAGAAACCAAAGGAAAACUAACCUAUGACAUCUUAAACAAAAUGAAGUACAUGGAUAUGGUUGUCUGUGAAAGCCUUCGUAAGCAUGCACCAGCAGUAGCCAUUGAUAGAGUUUGUACAAAACCAUACACAAUCCAACCGGUAUUACCCCAUGAACAUCCGGUACACCUAAAAGUCGGCGAUGUUGUUUGGUUGCCUAUCGCUGGCAUUCAUCACAAUGAAAAGUAUCAUCCAAAUCCAUCCAAAUUCGAUCCGGAACGAUUCUCUGAAGAAAACAAGAAGAAUAUUUAUCCAUACAGUUAUAUUCCAUUUGGUUCUGGACCUAGAAAUUGUAUUGGGUCUAGAUUUGCUCUGAUGGAAGUAAAGACUUUAAUAUUUCAUAUUCUGAGCAAAUUUGAAUUGACUGUCAUUGAUAAAACUACAAUUCCGUUGAAAUAUUCCAUUAAACAAAUCAAUCCUGCGAUUGAAGGUGGAUGUUGGGUUGGAUUCAAACGCAGAGAAAAUAUUUAAAACAAUUUUUGUGUAAAAAAACGUAGAAUUUUAUUUAACAAUGAUCAAAGUACUUGUAAUAUCUUGAUUGACAGAAAUAACCAAUGGUUCCCUGACAACAGCCAAUAAUUUAUCCAGUUUCAUGCAUUGCAGUGUAAAUUGAUCCAAAUGUUGUUGUUUCUUUGGUGCCUUGCACGGAAUACGUAAAUUUGGUGAUAAUUUCAACGAUGUAACACAACCCCUACAAAAUAAAUACUACAUAACCUCAA